UAACCCGCAGAUGACUUUAUAUUUAUAUUUAUUUGGACAGUCCAAGAUAUAUAUAGCAUAUAAAUUAAGGAACUACUGAACUCACAUGGUAUACCAUAUUUUAAUGGAGCCGACACCAGUAAAGUAUUUUGCGGAAAUAUUAUACACACAUCCGACUGAAAAAAUAAUUAUAGAGGGCAGUUUGAUUUAAAAGACAAAACACUCUCGGAGUCGAGUGGAUAUUACGCGUCAUUAGUCGAUCAUCAGUUUUAUUCUGCGAUUUCUGGAUUGCACAUUUAAUAAUUUUCUAUUUAACCCUAGUAUCUGCUUCUGAAGCUUAGAAACUAAAAAAAAAAUAUUAUUUACUACGAACAACGAAAGUAAUCUUGCUUACGGCAAAAAUGGCGGAAAUACAUGGUGGAUUCCGAUACAGAGUUCAGCGUCGCAAUAAUAAUGACGUAUUUUUAGUCUGCGCUUAUCGUCUUACCAGAUUAUGCACUGGGCGAGCUAUUAAAAGUGCCAAUGAAUUUCGUUUGAUUAGAGAGCAUAAUCACGCACCAAACUUACGUCUUGAAGAAGAGAGAGCCUUCGUGAGACAAUUAUAUGAUCGUUGCGAAUCUCGGUUAGCAAAUACCCGUGAUAUAUACGAGAGUUUAAGGGCAACGUAUGCAGAUGCAAGUAGAACAAUAUCCUGGCGAAGUCAACAAACAAACAUGCGACGAAGGCAGCAUAAUUUUAUACAAAGCUUACCGAGGGUUCUUUCGUUAACCCAUUUUAAAUUGUGUCUUGAAAAUGAUGCCAGAUAUGACAAUUUAACUCAUCACUCGCAUGGUUCUAUGCAAUUAAGAUUUCGUACUCAGAACGACUUGGGUACUGUUGCAGUUAUGGGUGAUUCAGAGUUAAUUAAUAAAUUUGAUCCUAAUUCUACAAUGUACAUCGGUACAACUAAUACUAUUUUACCUGCGGGAUUAGAUGCAAGAGAGACUUUAAUAAUCGUGCUUUUAAACAGGAAUCACGCUUUUGGUGUUUCGUGGGCAUUCAUGCCAGACAGGUCUGAAGUUAGUUUUAACGCCGCGUUGGACAUUGCAUGUUCUCAAAUCGCUCCUCUAAUGAAUCCAACUAAAAUUUACUAUGACUAUGAGCAACGAUUGAAUGACUCAUUGAGAGCAAAUAUUCCCGGUGCAACUUUAAAAGGAACUUUCCUUGCUUAUGCUAACGUAAUGAUUCGUCGUGCUACACUAUUAAAUGUAGACCUAGCAGACGUGAAUAAUCAAAUAAUUUUUAAAAAGUUGCUCGCUGUUGCCUUACUUCCUGCAGCCAGUAUAGUAACAGGAUUUUUGUGGCUUCGUUCAAACAUUCCUGGAGAGCUUAUACCGAUUUUCGAAGAUUUAUUUGUCUAUUAUCAGGACAAUCUAAUUAAUUUGCUGGGCCCGGAAAAUUUGUCAUUUUAUAAUGACGUUGAUUCUUUCAGUGAUUCUAUGAAAAAUCAUAUUUUUAAUUUAAAUACCUUAUUAAAUAACAACAACAGCGUGUGGAAUUGCUUAAGAAUCUUUGUAAAUUAGAGCAUUCGCUCUUACAAUGAUUUCCACGCGUUGGAUAUCAACGCCAGAGUCAGUUGCACUCCCCGAUCACGUCCUUCUCUGUCACUCAAAAAAUUACGUCGUGUGUGGAAAUUAUUCGACAGAAAUCAGAUGGAAUAUCAGACGUUCUUCGCCUCCACAUCAGAAAUUUUAACAGAAUUCACAAACGAUCUGUUACAUAACGGUGUAGAGCACGCUCACGACUUUCGACUAUUCCAAGAUCGUAAUGUCCAAAUCAAUAUUGAUGCCGAUAAUGUUAACCAUCAACCCCAUUUUGUAGGGCCAUUGGUAUUUGCCGAAGAAACGAUUGAUGAUGUUAGAGCCGUGAAUCGUCGUGCUCAAAGAGUUAAUCUUG